AGGAACUGCUAUAAAAAUCUAUCUUUCCUGAAUCAGAAUCGUUGAACAGACCGAUUGAAAGUAAUACCGUAUAUUUAUCACGCCCAGAAGACAAUCAGCUUCAAAAUCAUCGCCGUGAAAAUCCCAAAUCCUACACCGAUGUUAGUUGCGCUAAUCGCUUUGGCAGGCAGGUGCAAUAUAUAUUUAGGAAUCUCUAAAUCUAUGCUAGUAGUGGAUACUGAUAGCCUUUGGUCAAAUAUUAAUAGCGGCUGUAGGUUAUGUCUGUCUUUAAUCGAUGGUGUUCGGCACUGAAGACUUUCUCGCUUUCUGUGAGUUUUACAAUCUGUGAUUUGAAAGGACCCGCUAUAAUUUGUUAGGUAAUGAAUGUGUGCGAAGUUAAAAUACGUGUGGUUCGUGUUUUAUUGUUUUCAUGUUACUGUUGUUGGAGGCACAAUGGAUGAUGAUCCUACUUCCUUGAAAGACUUUUUUGUGGAGCCACAGAAGGGAUUUUGGUUGAGAAAACGUAAGAGAAGAAACAGUGAUGCUGUUAGUAUGUGUUCAUUGGACCUAACUUUGGCUCCUGAGCCGGAGAACAAGAGGAAACGACGAUUAUCAAAAGUAGCUUCCCUAGCCAACUUGUUGUCCACACCAAUGAGGCCUGUAAUGAAAAUUGGUGCCUCUCUUCAGCGCUCAUGUAGCAUAUUAAGGACACCUGCCACCAACUCUCAGCAGAUAGCAACGCUUCGGCAUGCAAAACAGCGUCUGACACGUUGCUGGAGUCAAGCCAUUGCACGAAAUAAUACCAUGGAGCUUGGCUUGCAAGAAGUUAAACGUCAAGAGGCAAUAUAUGAGUUGUGGAGUGGCGAAGAUGGAAUUGUAGAAGACCUUGAGUUUGUACAGGAUAAAUACCAGAGCUCCAUGAUGCAACUUCAUCUUCUUUCAGAAGAGGAAGCACAGUGUGUCUUUGGAGGAAUAGACAACCUACUCAAGAUCCAUCGUUCCUUGCGCGAUAAUCUUGUUAGCCUCCGAAAUUCAGCUGGUAUCACUGAAAGUGUUGGUAAAACAUUACUGAAUUGGAUUCCAGGUCUUAACUGCUACAUUGGGCACUGCUCAAAUCAAGUGUGGGCUAGAGCACUAUUAGAAGAGAAGAAUAUUAAUAAACGUUUUCAGGAAUUCUUAAAGCAAUGUCUCGAAUCUUCAUUCAGUAGGAGAUUGGAUCUGUGGACCUUUCUGGAUGUGCCACGAUCCCGGUUGACAAAAUAUCCACUGCUAGUUGGAGAGAUACUAAGGCAUACACCAAGUGGCCAUGAGGAUGUAAUCCCUCUGUCUAAAACUGCUUCAGCACUAACACUGGUGCUGCAGCAAACUGAUGUUGCAAUUGGUGCUGCCGAGUGUAGACUCGUGUGUACCAGGCUGCAGUUUCCACAUGAUCAUUCCUCUAGGGAUCUGGUUGAUAAAUGUACGGCAGUUCUUUGUUCUGGAGAACUUAAAGAUCGUCGUGGAACAAAAUUUAAUUGCUUCUUGUUUGAUAAAUGUUUUGUUGUGACUCGCAUCUGCCGCCCUUCAGUUAAGUUCACUGUAUGUGCUCCUAUUAUACCAGCAGAGCAGAUUACUUUUGAGGAAGUUGAGCUGAGGGGAAGGAGUGCAGGAUCUGAAACAGCUCGUACUGGCCAGGCUGCUUUCCGAGUAGGAUUUAAAGAUGCUGCUGUUGGAAGUCAUCGCAUCUUUGCUGCCACCAAUGAGCACGUUAGAAAACACUGGAUGUAUUGCAUGAAACAAGUGACAUCUUCACAGGAAAACAUCAAAACAAAAAGUUCAUCUCCACCUGAAGCCAAGAAAAAGAUUAAAUCUGUUGUGCCUUGUAAAUGUAUGAAUAAGUCUGUGUUGAAUGGAAAUAAUUCUCAGUUUACCCGUCCAUUCAGACAGCGAAAUAGGGUAAGUAAAAGUGUUACAAGAGAUAAUCUUGUCUGAUACUGUAUUCAAAGCAGAUUAUCAGGAAAUGAAGUAUUUUUGUAAGAUACACAUUUAUUGAAUGUGUCAAAGUAUUUCUGCAUAGUAUAUUUAAUGAAGUAGCUAGAUAUACUCAUAAUUUACAGUUGGUAGUUUACAAACUUCACAAAUUUUCACUUUUACAUUUGUUAUUCUGAUAGUUUUUUAGUAUAUUUACAGUAUUCACUUCAUAUUAUGGAAACAUACUGAUAUGUUUUGAAUAGAUUCUCUGGAAUAAUUUUUUUGCCUUUAUUUUGCUUUAAUGUUGUUGAAGAGUAGUCAGUCACUCAAUUUAUAACAUCUUACUUGGCAAAGUUUUGAAUUUAGGUAGUUUUGGACUUCAAUGCUGUUAAUCUUUAUUAUGCAGGAAUAGGGGGUAAAGACCAUGUAAUAUGGGGCUACCAACUUUUCCAGGGUUUAUAGUGUAGUUGUAUGCUUGGAAUAUGUGAUGGCAAAUGGCCAAUAAAGGUUAAAAUAAUUCCAGAAUGAUAUGAAUUUUAACUCUUUUUGCAUAGUCAAAUUCACAGCAGGCAGCAGCAGUAUGUGUCAGUGCAUUAUUGCUGAUCAUUCUCAAUCUGAAUUUGUCUACCAGUCGUACAUUUAAAUGGCAGAAGUCUGGAAUGCAGAAUAUCCAGAACCUCAAAUUUUUCAAAGUACUUUUCUGGAAGUAUUACUAGAUGGAGUAGAUACAGAUAAGUACAAAUAUGACUUGGCAGGAUAACUACAGUAAACUGUUAGCAAAGUUGUCAGAAUAACAUUUUAUCAAAUAAUACACAUGUAUUUACUCUUGCAGUAUUAAUUCAAUUUGUUUUUUUCAUUUGAAAGAAUGUUAAUGCUUAAAUGGUUUUCCAAAAGUCCUUUCUAAAGUAUUAUCACAUUACCCUGAAUAUUUUCAGGUGUUUCAGAAUGUUUCCAUUUCAGAGAAUAUUAAUGUUGCUAAUGUGAAUUGGGUCAAGUCUGGCAAGUAUGUGGGCCUUCCAAUACUGUUAUUUGUUUUUUGGCUAAAACUCACUGUACUGGAAGUGCUAUGUUGGAAGGAGCAUUAUCAUGAUGCAAAAACUAUUUAUCCAACCAAAGGUUUGGUAUUUUUCUGUGAACAUGCCACUGUAAGUGUGAAAGUAAUGUUAAUUAUGUAUUUGUUUCGGGGAAACAAAUGGUUAACGGAUAAUUAUUUUGAUGUUAAAACAAGUUAUAAUUCUGGUGUACUUGCCAGAUUUUAUUCUUUGCCCUGUAACCAAGGUAACCACUGCUGCUCACCAGAUUUUAACUCUCCAUGUUAACAGUUCAGAGGUAUGCUAGUGUGAUGUACAACUUAUUGGACCACACGUCAGACAUGACACACUAACUAACUAACUAACUAACUAACUA